AUGUAUCAUUACUCCAGUCCACCGCCCGGGUGGUCAACCUACGACUACACUCAAUCACCUCCCACCUCACCUCAAUACGCCUACUACGCCUCUCAGUUCGCCAACUCCUACACUUCACCCCGGGGCACCUCGCGACGGCACAACCGCAAGGCCAGUUACACGGCCACGAAAGAAACACCAUGGUAUUCAUCGGGCUACCCACAAGGCUACUAUGAAGCAACCCCAGACUAUGGCAUUCCAUCGCGAAAGCACGAUCAUGUAAGUGCUUCUUUUGCGGGAAAGCCCAAACACCAUCGAUAUUCCUCGACCGGUCAUCCUACGGGGGAUGGCCUUUGCAACGGAUACCACCCGUCGCAAUCGCAGACUCGACCCAUCUUCGUAGAUGUGGUCGACGAAGCAUUCGAUGUCCCGCGCACCAACGCCCGCGAGCCCCGUACCGGUCGCCCAGGCCGUCCCCCGGCUUCGAACCCCACUCGAGAUGGCCCUGGCCAGCAUCGUCGCACCACCUCGACCUCUUACCGCAAAUCAAAUCCAGCUGAUUCUCACUUUUACUUCACUCAGGCUCCUAACAACGAGGAUAUCGAAGCGGCCAGACGCUCACGCACCAGGCGCCAAUCCACAUCAACUCGCACUCCCAACAAACCUAAACCACCCCCUGCUACUGCCAAACCGCCACCCACCGCCACUGAAGAUGACGCCGAGGCCGCAGGGAUCCCAGCAGGCUAUUCGAUCAAAAACUGGGACCCAACCGAGGCACCGAUCAUCUUGCUUGGUAGUGUGUUUGAUGCGAACUCCCUUGGCAAGUGGAUCUACGACUGGACCGUCUUUCAUCACGGGGCAUCGACGCCCAUGGCCGACGUCGCGGGCGACUUGUGGCUAUUGUUGAUCAAGCUGGCGGGCAAAGUAAAGAGGGCCGACGAAUGUCUCCCUCGCAUCCAACGCGUGGAGGCACAGGAAGUCGUCGAAGAUUUCCUGGAAAGUGGCGAGCGCCUCUGGUCCCGAUUCAAGAAGCUCCUCAAGGGCUGCGAACUUUACAUGUGGAAGGCCGCCAAGCGAGAAGGUGGCAAAGGGCCCGUAUCAAUGGGCCGCAAUGCAGGUUGUGAAUUUGUCGAAUCGAUUUUCGGUCGCGACCGUGAGCUUGAAAAUACAGAGAAGCUCAUGAAUAGUAUUCGACUCUGGAAUAUGCGAUUCGACGCCAACUGCGAAGAUAUUCUGCGCCGACCGGCGGCUGCAUAG